AUGCACUCUACUCACAGUAACACCCGGCCGCAAAACCAGUUUCAACUUCCCGGAUUCAUCCCGACCUUUCCAAGCCCGGACCAGACCGAGGAAUGUGCCUGUCUAUCUAUGCUUUACUUAUUGCUGGAGCAACUUAGGACCAAAACAAAAUGGGCCAUACCGGACGACCUGGUCACCCUUCGAAAUUGCAAGGAAAAGGCUUUGGGUGUCGUUGGUUGUAGGCAGUGUCCAUUACGAUACUUUUCUGUGAUCCAAAAUGGGUUAAUACUAGGCGUUGUGACCACCUGUAUCGCUGAAUGCUAUGGCAGACUACUCGAACAAAUCGACCGAGAGGAACUCCGAGCCACGAGCGAAAGAGAGAAAAAGCGGUUUGAUAUCUCUAACGUAAGUCUAGGCCUUGGGUUGUCUUCCGCUUCGCCUUCAGCACAGCUCAACUUCACCGUUGAGGUUGAACCUUCAACUUGGAGAGAAUCAAUGCGCAACAUUAUAAAAUCAGAACUACAUGGCAUACAAGGACGAAGGGAAAAUUGUUUUAUGGCAUUCGUGUUUCAAUUAGAGGAGCGGCAGAAGAAAUGGCAUCAGACACCACCGGCGCGAGACUGUCCAUCUCACUACCAAUCUAGCUGCAACCAUCCUGAUCGAACUCCAUCAUGUCUGAUUGUUCUGGAUGAUACAAAGAGACUUGUCAACAGUUUCAAUUUAUGA